UAAAUAUUUGUUUCAUCAUUAUGCUAUAAAUAAGAAAAGUAUACAAAGCUCCACUUAAAGAUCACUAAGAAAUAUUGAAUUUUUUAUAAAAGCAAUUAGGGCAAUAAGUCUCUGUUUAAAGGAAUGAAGUAAUAGAGAAAGUAUUUAGAAGAGAAGCUAAUACUUUGAAUAAUAAUUAAAUUACUUUAAAAAUACAAAACAAUAUUAAUAUGUAUAUAAAUAAGUGAAUUAGAUCAUGUGAACAUUUAUUAUUAGAGAAAUAUAUGGAUACAAAUAUAGAUUUAAUUAAUUAUGAAGAGAAUAUUAUUGAAGAUUGUUCAAGUUUAUUUGAGAGAGUGGGAUUUAAACUAAUAAAAACUGAAGAAUAUAGUGAGUAGAUUUAUAAUGUAAAGUUUAUGAAUUGCACAAUAUCUGUAUAAGAAUAAUCAAAGACAAAAAGAUUGGUAUUGCAACUUAGGGACUUAUAAGAUAAAGAUGCUCAUUUUAAAAUUAUAUAAUUGGAAGAUUCUUUAGGAAAUCUACUUCUUUAGGGUGGAAUUGUUUGAUAAAAUUUAAAUAUAAAAAUAAAG